ACACAGACACACAUCUCAGACUUCCUGAUACACACAGAGACACAUAAAUUGAUGGUGACACAUGAUUGCUUGUAGCCUUCUUUUCCCAUGAGUCUUCUUCAAGUCAAGUUGGACUGAGGUAAAAAAGGACAUUUGUCACAAACACUUGACACAAUCACGCCAUGAACUGUGUGAGCAGAGGAGGCUCCUACCUGGUGAACUCCUGCUGUGAUCUUCACGAGGACGACCAGUGGAGGAAAGAGAGCUACCAAGCUUGUUGGCUGAGCCUGGUCAUUGAAACAAGGCCACAGUACAAGCUGACACUCUCAGAGACAGACAGCGUCCGCAGAGAGAGUUAUAAGCAGCAACAGGUGGUCCACUUCAUGGCGGAGAGGAGUCCCAGACAGACACUGAGACUGGGCAGUCACAAUGGAGCCAUGAAAGAGCACCACCUUCCCUUCUUUAGGCCCAGCAGGGACUCAUAUCAUGCCAGAGCCACCUUUGGGUGCAAAGAAGAAAAGCCAGCCGUAGUAGAGAGGGUGAAUAAUGGAGUGGAUGAACAGAAAGUGACUGGCAUAACUGAUGACCUGAGAAAGCCACUCAGAGAGAACUUCAGAGCUUCGAGCCUGAUGUCUUCUCCAAGGGAAAUCUCUCACCGAGUGCAGAGGAGGGAGUGAAGCAGGGAGGUGCGGUGGAAGAGCUUCUCACAUUACAGCACAGAAAAUACAACAGAGUCUUUGUUCUUUUAAUUCACAUACUGGUACUUGUAAAUUUAAAUUUGCUUAGAAAUUGUAAGAACCAUUGAAACUAUGACAAAAAAAAUUACCUCCUUAUGAAAAGAGCCUUAUGACUAUUGUUUUUAUGUUUAUAAACUCCAAGAUCUCACAUCUGCUAAGUAACUUCAUAUUUCAGUGUCAUCCAAACAAAAGUCUUAGAUGAAAAGAAAAACUCUAGUAUUCUAAAACUGAGUAUUCGAAGAGAUUCACUGAAUUUAUUUUUCAUAAUUAAAUUACUAUAUUAUUAUGUUAAAUCAUGUUUGUUCUGUAACAUGAAAAAGUGCAGUGACAUGCUGUAUUAUACUGUCGAUGUGAACACAUUCUGAAGCGGAUUAUUUAGGGAUUACUGUAUGCUGUUCUCCAGGAAAAUAUAUUUUUGUCAUUGUCAGUGAUCGUCAAGCUUCACGAAAAAGCUGCCUGACCUUUAUUCUGCUUUCUGUUUUACAUGGUGUCAAAGUUAAUAAAAUUGUUCUGUUGGAGAAUAUACAAUAAAUAACUUAA